AUGCAUGAUCUUGUUGAAGUUUAUUUUGUUUGUAUAUUAUUAUAUUUAUUUAUUCCAUUACCAUUUGUUUUAAUUAAAAUACGUUCAUUAACAUAUCUAAAACAUCCAAUAUUAAUAUCGUAUUUCUUAUUUCAAUUAUUAUUCUUUAUUGGCAAUAUUUUGAAUUUAAUGCAUUAUUUUAUAUUUGCUUAUAAUGGUAUUGGAAUUUAUAUAUUAGUACAUAUUGGAAAUUUAAUUACUAUUAUCGGUGAAUCAAUACUUAUUCUUCUAUUGCUAUUUAUUGCUAAAGGUUGGUUAAUAAAUACAACUGUACUUCGUCAAGGAAAGAAAACUGUUAUCUUAUUUAUUCUUUAUACAAUUGCUUGUUGUUCUUGUUAUAUAUUAAGUAUAAUAACAACAAAUCCAGUUAUUGAUUCGAAUCAUUAUCAAACGUUUGCAAAUUAUUUUUCUCUAUUAUUUCGAUGUUUUGUUAUGUUUUUAUUUGUAUUUGAAUUAAAAGAAACAACACAAGAAGAAAAAAAUUUUGAAAGACUACAAUUUUUUCAUCAUUUUGGUGCAUGUUGUAUGGUUUGGUUUAUUUAUCCAACAGCAUUAAUAUUUAUAAUGUCAUUUGUUACUGAACUUUAUCGAGUUAAAUUAAUAAUAAGUGUUGUUAUAUUGGUGAAUUUUUUAAGUAUAUUAAUUAUUUCAUAUAUACUUUUUUCUCCUAAAACAUUUAUAAAUUUACCUAAAAUAACAUCAAUUAAAAAUGAAGAUCGUAUAUUAAAUAAGACAACUACUGAUACAAAUGGUUAUCAUAAAUCAAGUAUUACUGAACAUGAUGAAGAUGAUGACGAAGAUGAUAUUGAAGUAUAUGGACCAUCACAUCUUUUAUUAAAUACUUCGAAUCAACGAAGUUGA